AUGUCCUCUGUCGAAAACUACAGUCCCCGCCAAAGACGGUUCGCCCCUCUCAACCCAUCUUCCAGCGAACCCUCCAACGCUCCUCAACUGAAGGGAAUUGUAUUCGAUGUUGACGGCACAUUAUGUCUCCCUCAAAACUACAUGUUUGGCGAAAUGCGCGAAGCCUUGGGAAUUAACAAAUCAGUCGACAUCCUGCAUCAUAUCCGUAGCCUCCCUACACCCGAGGCACAGCUCGAGGCGAGCAGUAAGAUCAAGGCUAUUGAGCGUGAGGCAAUGCAGCACCAAGAGCCGCAGCCUGGACUUGUAGAGUUGAUGGAGUAUCUACGGGAUAGGGAGGUUAAGAGGGCUUUGUGUACGAGGAAUUUUGAAAUGCCCGUCACGAACCUACUUCAGAACCACCUCCCGAAGCAUGUCUUCGUGCCUAUUAUCACCAGGGAGACACCUGGUUUGCUGCCGAAGCCUGACCCGGCAGGAAUCUUGCAUAUUGCAAACGAAUGGGGCCUGACAAAUGGUGGUGAAAAUCUAAUCAUGGUCGGUGAUAGCAUCGACGAUAUGACAGCCGGCCACAAGGCGGGCGCUGCAACAGUGCUGCUGCUCAACGAUCAUAAUGCCCACCUUAAGGAGCAUAUCCACACAGACCUGGUCAUUGAAAAGCUUCAUGAGCUCAUCGACGUACUGGAAAAUGGUUUCGUCGGGAACAAGACCCGCAUGGAGCUCCCUUCCUGA